AUGGCGACGGCGACAGUCUCUCUUACCCCCCCCAGGGAUCCCAACACCCUGAGCAACUAUAACAACUGGAUCUGUACCCAUACCACCGCCAAUUUUGAGAUCCUUUUUGAACAGAAGAAGCUCAUUGGAAAUGUGAUUCACAAGUUCACAUCGACCACGAACGCUGAAUCGAAGGAGAUCAUUCUAGAUUCCAACCACGUGGAUAUUGGUGCCAUCCAGGUUGAUGGCAACCCCGCCAACUGGGAGCUUCUUCCUCCCGCAGCGCCAUAUGGUACGGCGUUGAAGAUCAACUUGGACCAGCCUGUAAAGCUAAAUGACACGGUUGAGGUCAAUAUUUCCGUCCAGACUACUGAGAAAUGUACUGCGCUGCAAUGGCUGACGCCAGCCCAAACAUCGAACAAGAAGCAUCCUUAUAUGUUUUCUCAAUGCCAGGCUAUUCAUGCACGGUCAAUCUUCCCCUGUCAAGACACUCCUGAUGUCAAGUGUACUUUCGAUUUCAAUAUCACUUCUCCUCUUCCCGUGAUUGCUAGUGGCCUGCCUGUUCGUAAUUCUUCGGGCGCACCACAGCCCGGAAGCAACGCCCUGUAUCAAUUCCACCAAAAAGUCCCAAUCCCGAGCUACCUGUUUGCUCUGGCUAGUGGUGACAUUACGGAAGCUGCUAUUGGACCCCGAAGUGUUGUUGCGACCAGCCCUGAUAAGCUCCGAGAAUGCCAGUGGGAGCUUGAGGCAGAUACUGACAAAUUCAUUAAUGUGAUAGAGAAAAUUAUUUACCCAUACGCUUGGGGCGAAUACAAUGUUUUAAUCCUUCCACCCAGCUUCCCUUAUGGAGGUAUGGAAAAUCCAGUUUUCACGUUCGCCACCCCUAGCAUUAUCUCCAAGGACCGGGAAAAUGUUGAUGUCAUUGCUCAUGAGCUGGCGCACAGUUGGAGUGGUAACCUUGUCACCAGUGCCUCGUGGGAGCAUUUCUGGCUUAACGAGGGCUGGACUGUUUAUCUCGAGAGACGGAUACUGGCCGCCAUACACGGCGAGAAAUACCGCCACUUUUCCUCCAUCAUUGGCUGGAAAUCCCUGACAGACUCCGUCGAACACUACGGGAAGGACCACGAGUUCACGAAACUAGUCCCAAGUCUUAAGGGGGUGGAUCCUGAUGAUGCGUUCUCUAGCAUCCCCUAUGAAAAGGGAUUCAACUUCCUCUUCCACUUGGAGAAUCUUGUUGGCAAGGAGAAAUUUGAUCACUUCAUUCCUUACUAUUUCACUAAGUACAAGGGGAAGUCGGUGGAUUCAUAUGAGUUUAAAGCCACGGUCCUGGAGUUCUUCCAGUCUGACCCCAAAGCUUCUAAGCUUGUACAAGACCUAGAUUGGGAUACCUGGUUCUAUACCCCUGGUCUUCCCCCUAAGCCUCACUUUGACACCUCUCUCGUCGAUGUUGUUUAUGGGCUAGCUAACAAGUGGAAGUCUCUUCCUGGCUCGUCGUUUAAGCCUCAGGCAAGCGACAUCCAGGGUUUGACUGCCAACCAAAUCGUGGUGUUCCUGGAGCAGGUCCUGCAAUUUGAGAAACCACUAGCCGCAGACCUCUCGAAGCUGAUGGGAGAAGUCUACGGGCUUGCCAAGAGCGAAAAUAUUGAAGUUUCUAACCUCUAUCUUCAAGUCGGUCUGAAGGCUGGCGAUGAGAGUGUAAUCCAGCCGACCACGGAGCUUCUGGGAAAGAUCGGAAGAAUGAAAUUCGUGCGACCUUUGUUCCGUACCUUGCAGAAGGUUAACCGCCCGGUUGCGAUCGAGACUUUUGAAAAGUAUAAAGAUUUCUAUCACCCCAUUUGUCGGGGUAUGGUUGAAAAGGAUCUAUUUGGAAAGAAGGACGCUUGA